AUAUUUUCAGGUGGAGGUAACAAAUGAUAGUAGUACCUUAGAUUAGGACAAGGAAAAUAAUGAUGGAUGAGCUUGGAAGCUUGAAACACCUUUUUGUGACAAUGUUUAUGUCGCAGUUGGCGAUAUUCGUGGUGACUCCGGCGAUGCCAGAUGUAACUAUGACGGCACUAUGCCCUGGUCAAGAUGAGUGUUCCCUCGCCAUUUACCUAUCUGGUUUUCAACAAGCGAUAAUUGGAAUUGGUUUGGUGGUAAUGAUGCCAAUAAUUGGGAAUUUGUCUGAUGUGUAUGGAAGGAAAGCUUUGCUCACAAUCCCAGUGACUCUCUCCAUCAUUCCCCCAGUCAUAUUGACAUUCAGGAGGACCAAGAAAUUUUACUAUGUGUACUAUGUGCUGAAGACGCUCACUGGCAUGAUAUCUGAUGGUGGUAUUCAGUGUGUGGCCCUUGCUUAUGUGGCAGACCAUAUGUCACAGGCAAAGCGUGCCUCUGCAAUCGGAAUUUUGGCUGGUGUUGGAUCUGCUGCAUUUGUCUGUGGAACCUUAGCUGAUCACUUCCUCUCCACUUCUCAGAUAUUUCUGGUAGCAACAAUUGCAUCAAUGAUUGCUGCCGUGUACAUGCAAAUUUUCCUGGAGAAUACAGCUUGCCUUAAAGAUUCUAUUGAGCAGCAGCCAAUUUUGAUAAAUGAAAUGGAAGAUACUGAAUUGGAUUGUGAAACAGCAACGAAUAUAAAGGUGUUCAAGAAAGUUCCAUCCCUGAAGGAUAUCCUUUGCUUUCUUAAGAAGAGUGCUACUUUUUCACUUGCAGCAUCUGUUGCUUUCUUGAAUAGUUUUGCAGAAGGAGGAGAACAAGCUCCAUUUCAGUACUUCUUAAAGGCUCGAUUUCAUUUCAAGAAAGAUAACUUUGCUGAUGUGAUGCUUAUAGCCAACAUUUGUUCUGCAACUUCUCAGUUGCUCCUCAUGCCUAUGUUGGCUCCUCUUAUAGGAGAGGAGGUUCUUCUGUGCUUAGGACUCACUGCUGGAUUUACAAACCUUCUUAUCGAUAGUGUAGCACGGAAAAUUUGGGUUCCUUAUACUGCUGCAUUGCUGCCUGUUUUCACCUCCCUCGUGAAACCCUCGCUGCAAAGCAUUGUCUCAAAACAAAUUGGGCCUAGUGAGCAGGGAAUAGCUCAAGGGUGCAUUUCAAGCAUAAGUUCCAUAGCUAACAUUCUCUCCCCAUUCGUAUACAGUCCUCUUACCGCCUUGUUCCUUUCAGAAAAAGCUCCUUUCCCGUAUCCUGGCUUUAGCAUCAUGUGCAUUGGCCUUGCUUGGUUAAUAGCCAUUAUUCCCAGUGCAAUGAUAAAGGUGAUUCAUUCCUCUCGUCUCAAGAAGGUAGUGACAUUGGAAGGAUAGCAGCUGAGAUAUAAAUUUUGGCUGGGAUGAAGACGAGACAAUAGUUUUUUUUUUUUUUUUGUUCUUUUUGAAACUGAAGACGAGACACUAGUAUAUGUACCAGAAUUUUUUUUUUUUGAAACUGAAGACAAGACAAUAGUAUAUGUACCAGAAAUCAGAAACCUACAGAACAUCCCCUAGGCUGAUACUUUUGCCGUCUCUUGCAGGAUCACUUGAACAUCGCAUUGUAAUGUAACUGGACGCACUUUCGACUAGCGAAUAUUGUAACCAUCAACUAUAGUCGUUAAUAUUUCCACUUACUGAAUAUUGUAACCAUCAA